AUGUUCCGAGUGUUCGUUAUUGCUGCGCUGGCCGCCGUUGCUGUCGCCCAGAACCCGGACGCUGAUGCACAGAUCCUGAGCUCCGACAGCGCCGUCAACCCGGACGGUUCGUACGCCUGGAACUACGAGACGAGCAACGGUAUCCGUGCGCAGGAGGAAGGUGUCGGUGGCCAGUCGGCGCAGGGUUCUGCCUCGUGGACGGACCGUGACGGUACGCCCAUCCAGCUGACGUACGUUGCGGACGAGAACGGGUUCCAGCCGCGUGGUGACCAUCUGCCCCGCGAAAGCCCAGUGCCGGCCCAUGUCCUGAAGACGCUCGAGUUCAUCCGUGCCAACCCGCCCAAGGAUGAUCCGAACUUUAACAUUCAGGCUUUGGAGGCUGAAAUUGCCAGACUGCAGGCCAUCCAGUAA